AUGGCUUCUAGUCCAUUUCACCUUUGCAGAGACCCCGCGCGGAAAAGCCGCCUUUGGAGGCGGGAGGCGCUGCUCUGGGGGUGCGCGCUGUGGGUCUCCCUCUGGCCCCCCCGAGGUGCCGCUUUCAACCUGGACACCAAAUUCGUGGUCCUCAAGAAAGGCCGGACGCCGGAGAGCUUCUUCGGGCUGUCGGUCGCUCUGCACCAGCGGACCGACCCGCAGGGAUACCUGCGCCUCCCUGAGCUUGGUAACCUUCUCGAGGGCUCCUCCCAUGCGGCUGCCGCGCUGAGUGAACUGGAGCAGAACGGCAUUCACACGGCCUGGGAUGUUGCCCUCUCGCUGCUCGCUGGGGCUCCCCGUGAUGUGUCGGAAGAGCUGCCGAACGCCCCGCGGACGGGAGCCAUGUACGCUUGCCCACUGACCGCUGCCACUGACGACUGCAAACGGGUGGACAUCAAGGUUUCAAGUGAACCCAACAGUAAUAUCGUCCAAGACAUGUGGCUAGGGGUGACGAUAGCAAGCCAAAGAUCAAGUUCUGGAAGAGUGAUGGCUUGCGCUCACCGUUACACCAGGGUGUUGUGGGCCGGCAACGAGGACCAGCGUCGCAUGGUGGGGAAGUGCUUUGUCCGUGGGAACGACUUGACCCUUCAGGAGGAGGAUGACUGGCAGACUUAUCACAAUGAGAUGUGCAACGCCAACACUGACCUUGAGGAGACCGGCAUGUGCCAGAUGGGUAUCAGUGGCGGUUUCACCGACAGCAAUGUGGUUUACUUCGGAGCUCCCGGGGCCUACAACUGGCAAGGCUCCGACUACGUGAUCCGUCGAAAGAGCUCGUGGGACCAAGACGAAAUCCACUAUCCAAACGAGAAGUAUAGCAACAGUUACAUAGGCUAUACCAUCGAGGCAGGUGCUAAUGUAUUGCGGAACGCCAACAUCACCUUCAUCACGGGGGCCCCCCGCUAUAACCACACCGGGGCUGUCUUCCUGAUGGUCUUUGAUGCUAGCAGGACGCUUGAGAAGAAACUGAUGCUCUCCGGGGAGCAAGUGGGCUCCUAUUUUGGCAGCUCCAUCGCUCUAGCUGACCUCAACAAUGAUGGGUGGCAAGACUUGAUUGUUGGGGCACCCUACUACUUCGACCGGAAGGAGGAGAAAGGCGGGGCAGUCUAUGUGUACAUGAACCUUGGUGGGACAUUCCACCACAUCCCCAACCACACCCUGACAGGCCCUAGCAAUUCCUCCUUCGGCUUGUCUGUGGCCCACAUUGGAGAUGUUGACAAAGAUGAUUUCCAAGAUAUCGCCAUCGGCGCUCCAUUUGAGGGCUCAGGGAAAGUAUACAUCUACCAGAGCAGCAGCGAGAAGCUUUUUGAAAAGCCCCAGCAGGUCAUUAGCGGGGAAGAUAUUGGCCCCGGGAUCAGGACUUUUGGCUAUUCCUUCAGCGGGGGAAUGGACGUGGAUGGGAACUCCUACCCUGAUCUCCUGGUGGGAAGCCUGUCUGAAAACCUUGUGCUGCUCAGAGCCCGUCCGGUGAUCAACAUCGUCAGCAAGGAUUUCACGGUUACACCGAGUACCUUGGACCCAGCCAGAUGUAAUGAAGACUCUUGCAUCGAGAUUCGCGUGUGUUUCUCCUACUCCCAAAGUGCUGGGGAUCCCAAGUACAGAGAGAGCAUUGAGCUGAAUUACAUCGUGGAAGCUGACCGCGACCGCCGGCCGCCUCGAGUGUACUUUGCCGGCACAAACUCUGCCGUCUACCGGGGGAGAUUAUACAUGCCGAACAGGAAGUGCCAAAAUCUGAAGGUCCUCCUACGGGAAGACAUCCGAGACAAGCUGAACCCUAUUGCGUUCUCCAUGAACUACUCCCUAGCUGAAAAACCCAUGACCUUCCAGCUAGGUCUUCGCUCCCUUGACAAGUUUCCUGUCUUGAAUGAGGAUCAGCACCGGGAAGAGCAUACUGAGAUUCAGUUCCAGAAGGAAUGUGGGAUCGACAGUGUCUGCAAUAGCAACCUGCAGAUUCAGGCCGUCUUCGCAAACGAGCAGAACCAGGUGUUGCCCAGACGGCAUGGGACUCAGGUGUUGCAGUACAGCCGGGAAGUCAAGAAACUGCACUUGAACGUCACCGUCACCAAUUUCCCAUCGACAGCCACCAACGGGGAGGAUGCUCAUGAGGCCCAGCUUAACAUCACUGUUCCACCUUCUUUGCUACCUUCCUCUGUCCGGCCGAGUGGGGCCUGCAGGUUUGAGGAAACAGUCCUGUGUGAGCUAGGCAACCCCUUCAAGAAGAACCAGCGGGCAGAGCUGAUUAUCACGUUUGAAGUUAUCGGAAUUACGCUGAACACCCAGGAGGUCGUCGUUCAGGUGGAGCCUACCACGAUAAGCAACCAAUCAGAUCUGAUGCCAGUGUCGGCAGUCUUGAUGGUGGACUACACAGUCGAUGCAUCAUUGAUGAUAGUCAAUCGGUGGCUCCAGUCGUAUUUUAGUGGGACGGUCAUGGGCGAGUCGGCCAUGAAGAGUGAGGUUGACGUGGGCAGCCCCAUUGAAUUUUACUUCCAGGUGACCACAAAGGGCGAAUCUUUGGGUUCCUUGGGAACUAUCACUUUAGGCUUCGAAUGGCCUUAUGAAGCCAGCAACGGCAAAUGGCUGCUGUACCCGACAGAGAUCUUGGUGAAAGGGAACGAGAACCGGCGUUGUGAACCUCCUGGGCAUGUUAUCAACUACCUCAACCUCACACUACUUGAUGGAGGCAGCGCACGUCGGAAACGGGAGCUGGAGGCAUCUCCGAAAACUGAACUUCCUAUCACCUUGGCAGCUUCGAAGAAAGCCAAAUCGGAAACGGCACUGAGCUGCUCCAAAGGGACAUCUCGCUGCAUCUGGUUUGAGUGCCCCCUGCAAGACAUCGGAGCCUCAGCACACGUGAUUGUUCGAGCGCGGGUCUGGAACAGCACGUUCAUUGAGGAUUACAACAACUUUGACCGCGUGAAGGUGGACGGGCAAGCCACACUGUUUCUCAGGACAAACACUUCCACCAUCAACAUGAAAAACCACACUGUGUGGUUCUCCGUGAACAUUGACUCUGAGCUGAGUGAAGAGCAGCCAGCUGAGCUCGAACUGUGGCUGGUGUUGGUUUCCGUUGCGGCUGGCCUUCUGCUUUUGGGGAUCAUUGUCGUAGUGCUGUGGAAGUGCAACUUUUUUAAGCGAACCCGCUACUACCGAAUCCUACCCAAGUACCACGCCAUUCGGAUCCGGCAGGAGGAUCGCUACCAGCCCGCCGGCGGCUUCCUGCCCGCAAAGCACAAGAAGCAAUGGGUAACAAGCUGGCAGGAGCCGGGGAGAUACUACUGACGCUUGCUUGCCUCCCCUUUUCCGGCCCUUCCUCUCCACUCCCGGGGCCUGCAUCGGUUGCCUUCUGUAAAUAGCGCUGGACCAACAAAAGAACUGUUAUUUAAACCUAAGUUAUGUGAUCCAA